AUGAAUCACGCAAUAGUCACAAACAAUCACAUUCUGCAACACCAACAAGAUGAGCAACAAGACAAUAACGGUCUUAGUGCCGACUCAUCUGCCACCACCACCGUUUAUGUCGUUCAAGAUACUUCCAACAACGAUGUUCCACACUGUGAAAUCACCAAUAAUAAUAAUACCAAUAUUAAUAUGGAUAAAGAUGAUUCAAUCUAUACAAGAGAUUCAAAUUAUGGUGAUGAUGUCCCAUUCUUCUAUCGCUUAAAGGGUUUAAUAUUUGAUGAGUUCAUAAAGGCAUUUUCUCCAGUAUACUUUGUUUCCAUUAUGGGUACAGGUAUUUCUUCAAGUCUUUUAUAUCAUUUCCCAUAUCCUGCUGAAUGGUUAGAAAUAUGUUCAUAUAUAAUGUUUGGUAUAACAUGUAUUUGUUUCAUAGUCACAACUACAUUAUUCAUAUUACAAUGUUGGUAUUUCCCCGGUAGAUUCAAAGCAUAUCAUGUUGAUACUGCCCAAGCGGUAUUUAUGGGUUGUUAUUCCAUGGGUUAUAUUACAAUAGUUAAUUUCAUCGAAAAUAUCACCGAUGGUCGUCAUACUAUAUUUGUAUGGGUAUUAUGGUGGAUUGCUGUGUUUUCAGCAAUAUACACUGCAUUCUUAAUUGUUUAUUUGUCAUUCAUGUCUAAAUUAAAUGAAGUUGAUUUAGAUGCAAAAUUAAAUGCUACUUUAUUAUUACCAAUAGUUGCAAUCACUGUGGUUUCAAGUUCAGGGCAUCAAUUAGAAUUAAAAUUACCAACUACAAAUCAAAUGGUUGUUACCAUGAUUGUUAGUUUUAUGCUUUGGUGUCUUUCUAUAAGUUUAGCAUUUAUGAUUAUGACCAUUUAUUUGCAUAGAUUAAUUGUUCAUAAAAUCCCGCCAACCAAUUUAAUCUUCACCAGUUUCUUACCAGUUGGGUUUUUAGGACAAUCUUCAUAUAGUGUUAUGUUAUUUGGAGUUAAUUUACAUCAAUUAAUUCCAGAAGAAUUAAUGUGGGGCAAGAUCUUAUUAUGUAUUUGUGGAUUCUUUUCAGUAUUCUUAUUAUCAUUUGGAUAUUUCCAAACAUUUGUUGCUAUAAUGUCAAUAUUCUCCAAGAUAAAGCCAUUUGCUAAGAGUCCAAAUCCAACGCAUACUAAUAAAUAUGGGUUAUUGAAAAUUCAUAAAGGUUUCUGGGCAAUGACUUUCCCUCUUGGUACAAUGUCAUUAUCAAAUACAGAAUUAGGUAAAGGUGUAAUUGGAGAUUAUCCAUUAUUAACAUUUAAAGUAAUGGGGGCAAUAUUUGCUGCUGCAUGUAUCUUAAUUACAUGUGCUUGUACCAUUGGUGCCGUUGUUCAUACUACAAAGAGAAUUGCAUCAUUGUUUCAACAUCGUAGUGAUAUUGAUAGUGAUGAUACAUGUAAGGUGUAG